AUGAGCGGCAUGUUGACUGCAUGGGUUACUGAAUUAAUGACUGGUGCGCCCAUCAAUCAAGCAACUGUUUCAAUAUCGAAUAAGCAAAAAGAAACAAAUCAACAGGGAUUAUGCACCAUUGAACAGUACAACACAGAGAAUGAUGAAAGAAGAGAAGUACAAAAGAAAAGAAAAGUAAACAAUAGAGAACAUGGGAUACUAGUCGUAGCAAAAGAUGAUGAUCUAUGUAUGUCAGUAAAUAUUUAUACUGAUGCAUCAGUUCUUAAUGCUUAUGUUUGGCAUGUAUUUAAUGAUCGGGGUUUAUACAAACCAAAGGAAGAUGUACAUAUAAAAGGUUAUGUUCGAUUGCUGAAAGUAAAAGGCGAAGCAAAAUUACCAACUUAUGCUCGAGGUACAAUUGAUUAUACAAUUUACGAUCCUCGUGGUCAACAACUUCAACAGUCAAAAGUAGAAUUGAAUAUUUAUGGUGCAUUUGAUAUAAAAUUUACAUUGCCUGACAAUGUUAACUUAGGUAAUGGAUACGUAACGUUCAGUUUACCAGACUCACAAAGUAGCACAACGCAUUAUUUUAAAGUUCAAGAGUUCAGAAAACCAGAAUAUGAAGUUUCAUCAAUGGUUCGACCAACAAUAGCACGCUAUUGUCAUCCAAUCGUUGAUGAAUAUGUCAUAGCUACUUGUCAAGGAAAAUUAUUUGCUGGUGGCUAUUUAAAUGAUGCAAAUAUUCAAUGGACAGUACAAGCUGGAACAACAACAUUUACACCACCUAAAAGAUCUGACUAUAUAUUUGGUAGAGCUCAACCGUUCUUUUGCUGGUUUGGUAAUAAUAAUCAAACUGAAAUUUCAUAUCCAGAAAAGUAUUUUCAAGGUAAAACAAACAAUAAAGGUCUACAUGAAAUAAAAAUUAGUUAUCAUGGUAUUGAACAAGAGCCAAGAACAACAAUUGUUCAUGCAUUAGCAGCCAUUACUGAUUUAAAUAAUCAAAUUCAGGAAACAAAAACACAAUUCAUCAUACAUCCAUGCACAUAUUACGUUGGAUUUCAAUUAUCAACAAAUUACGGCAAGAAAAAUAAACCUGUACAAACAAAAGUCAUUGUAACAGAUAUUGAUGGAAAUUUAAUUGAUAAUAUUUUGAUUGAAUGUAAAGUAAUUGGAUAUGGUAAGGAAAGAAAAGAAGAUGAAAAUGGUUUAACAGUAUUUGAAGAAAUAAAAGAUGAACAAACAUUAGCAGUUGUUAGUUCAAAUAAAGAUGCGGUCAAUAUUGAUUACACACCAAAAUUAGGUAGAUACAACAUGUCAUACAGUGUCAAAGAUGAACAAGGACGAUUAGCUAUGAGUUUCUAUGAUAAUUUUUAUGUCUCUGGUGGUUACGAAAAAGAAAUAGAAACACAAAAAGUAGAUUAUGUUCCAACGGAUACAAUCACAAUUGUGCCAAAUGCAAAAAAUUAUCAACCAGAUGACACAUGUGAAUUACUAAUACUAGCACCAUUUAGUCCAGCAAAUGGUCUAGUUAUAUUCGAUUGUGAUGGUCAAGUCUCACAACCAAUACAAUUGCAGAUAGAACUUGGAAAAAAUUCAACAACUGUUGAAUUUAAAAUAUCCAAAGACUGGAUACCAAAUUUCACAGUUCACGCUGAACUAACAGGCUCAAUCCCAAGAGAAACGGAAGUGAUUGAUUCACCACAUCGCCCAGCAAUCGCUACUGGUUCAGUAACAUUAGAAGUAUCAAGAGAUAUUUAUAAAUUGAAUGUUUUGAUUAAUACAAAAGAAACAAAUAAAAUAUAUACACCAUCAUCAAUUAUCCAUAUAGAUGUCGACGUUACACAGCAUGUAGAUAACUUACCUGUGGACAAGGCAGAAGUUUGCCUCAUUGUUGUUGAUGAAGCAAUUUUAUCGUUGACUGGUCACAAAUUAGAUAGUCCAUUAGAUAUAUUUUAUCCUAAUCGAUCAGAAAAUAUUACACAAUAUCAUGAUAGAAAUCGUUGUUUGUUAUUCAAUAUGCAAGAUAUAGAAAAAUUUAGGAAAGAUAUGCAACAAAGACAAUCUUUAUUCGACCACAUCGAAUUAUGCUGUUUACAAUCGAUGCCCGAAUGUAUGAGAAUGACCUGUUCAGCUAGUUUCGGAUAUGGCGGUUUCAGUGAUUCUAAUGCUGAACAAAAAAUAGCUGUUCGAUCGAAUUUCAAUCCACUAGCAUGUUGGAUACCAUCAUCAAUGACUAAUUCAUCAGGACGUGUUUCAUUUGAAAUUAAAUUACCUGAUAAUCUAACACGCUAUCGUGUAUGGACGUUAGCAACGAAUGAUAAACAAUAUGGCUUAGGUGAAAUGUCAUUUACUGUACAAUUACCAAUUAUGAUUCGACCUUCACCACCACGGUUUCUUAAUUAUGGUGAUACAGCUCAUAUCUCAGUUGUUUUACAAAAUCAAACUGAUCUAUCCUUCUUACUACAUGCUGGUUUAAGAGCAACUAAUGCUAAAUUAUUAACGUCACAAACAAAUCAACAAGCAGUUGGUUAUUCAAUUGUACUGCAACCAAGUAAACGUACUGCUCUUACAUUUCCAUUGUCAACAAUUCAUUCUGGUACAGCUCGAUUUCAAUUCAUAGUUAGUACUGUCAAAAAUGAAACAUGUGCACAAUUUGGUGAUGCCAUUGAACUAAGUUUACCUAUAUUCACACCAGCAACAUCUGAAGCAUUUGCAACAUACGGUGAUAUAUGUGAAGAAGAAGUAGUUUUACAACCAGUAGAGACACCAAAAAAUGUUAUUCCACAAUUUGGUGAAUUAUCAAUAACAACAAGUUCAACAGCAUUAGCAUCAUUAACAGAUGCAAUUAUUUUACUCUAUACAUAUCCAUAUGAAUGUACAGAACAAUUAAGUUCAAGACUGUUAGGUAUACAAGCACUAUGGGAUGUUUUACAAGCAUUUCAUUGUAAAGAUUUACCUGAUGUAUCAGUAUUGAAAACUAAAUUAGAGUCAGAUCUGAAUACACUAAAAGGUCGUCAAUAUUCAAAUGGUGGAUUUGGUUAUUGGACAAAUCGAAAUGACUCUUACGCUGAUCCAUAUAUGAGUGUGCAUGUUGCACAUUGUUUAGCCGUUCUUGUGAAUAAAAAGGUAUUUGAUGUCAACAACAGCAUGCUGAACAACUCACUAAAAUAUCUUGAAAAUAUUGAAUCUGAAAUUAAUCAAUUAUCACACACUAAGUAUUGGUCUGACUUAACUCGAUUUAGUUUGAUAAGUUAUGCAUUAUAUGUGCGAGCAAAACAUCUUCAAAAUGUAGCUGACAAAGCUUCACAAUUGUUUCAGCGUAGUGGAUUUGAUAAACUUAGUUUAGAAGCAUUAGGAUGGCUAUUAGUAGCAUUAUCAACGGAUAAAAAUAAUAAUAAAGAUCAAAUAAUUGAAAUAAUAUACAAACAUCUCAAAGGUAAAGUAAGUGAAACAAGUGAAACAGCUAAUUUUAUUACAUCAUAUGGUGAUGAUGGUCAAUCAGUCAUGUUACAUUCAAAUCAACGAACAGAUGCUAUAUUGUUAGAAGCAUUAUUAUAUAUUGAUCCAAAUUCAACUCUUUGUACUAAAUUAUGUAAAGGUCUACAGGCACAUAAAGUGAAAGGUGCAUGGAAGUCUACACAGGAAAAUUGUUUUGUAUUAAUUGCAUUAGAUAAAUAUUUUCACAUAAAGGAAAAAGAUACACCAGAUUUUGUUGCUAAUAUUUGGCUUGACAAUGAUUAUUGUGGUCAACAUCAAUAUAAAGGCCGAACGACAAAUACACAUACAGUAAAUAUUCCGAUGAAAGUAAUCUUAUCACCAUCGCCAUCCGACACAAGUAAUAAUAAUAAUAAGAAAAAUAUAAUCAUGCACAAAGAUGGUAAUGGUCGAUUAUAUUAUCGUAUUGCAUUGAAUUACGCUCCAUCAAAUUUACAAUUAAAUGCAGUUAACUAUGGUUUUAAAAUUGAACGAACAUACGUCGCUAUCAAUGAUUCAUUACAUGUUCAGAAACAAUCAGAUAGUACAUGGAAAUUCAAGUUAGGUGAAAAAAUCAAAGUCAUAUUAACAAUGACAACAACACAACGACGAUAUCAUAUAGCAUUAGUUGAUUAUUUACCAGCUGGUUGUGAACCAUUAAAUACACAAUUAAAAGGUACAUUGACUGGCGAUACACAAUCAUCAGUAACAAGAUCAAACAGAAAUCUUUAUUAUUGUGGAUGUCGACCAUAUUCAACUAUUGGUUGGACUGAGCAUGAAAAUUUACGAGAUGAACGUGCUGAAGCAUUUCGAUCGUUAUUAUGGCCUGGUGUAUAUGAAUGGACCUAUGUAAUGCGUGCAACAUGUGCUGGAACAUUUAUCAUUCCACCAGCUAAAGCUGAAGAAAUGUAUUCACCAGAAAACUUUGGUCGAUGUGGUACGGAAAAGGUUAUAAUUGAAUAA